GACGCACAGCACAAUAUCUUCAACACCGAACCCCUAACCUACUCCACGUAUUCGCUCACCGCAACAUUUUCAUCCGUCCUCAUCAAUCGCCAACAUGUCUCGCCAUCAGUACAUUCGCAACUUGGAUUAUGGGGAUGCCGUGGACGAGUACGAGGGUUAUUCGGAAGAGGAGGACGAGCUCAGUCCGGAGGACCGGGCGUUGAUGAACCAAGGCACCGCCGAUGUCCAGGCGGCCCUCGGUGUUGAGGUUUCCAAGGUCACCGUCGCCCAGAUCGAGGAGGCCUUGUGGCAUUAUUAUUACGAUGUCGACAAGUCGGUCGCCUAUCUCAUUUCCAAAUUUGUCAACCCGCGCCCCAAAGCAACAAAAUCGGCAGUACAACCACCCAAUGCCGAUACAGCUGGACCCAAGACAGCUGCAGCCCAGCCUAAGAAGAAGGGCACGGCAUCCACAGACGCCGCCACAACGGGGAUGGAAGGACUAAAGAUUAACGAUGCGCCACUUCCCAAGAGCCGAAAUCUCGAUGUCCUCUCCGAGUUGGAAAAGAGCAAGCCCAAGAAAAGUGCCAGCUUCGUGGUGGUCGGGCACGUAGAUGCCGGGAAGAGCACCAUGAUGGGCCGGUUGCUCUUCGAUCUCAAGGUGGUCGACCAGCGCACAGUCGAAAAGCUCCAGAGAGAGGCGAGAACCGAAGGCAAAGGUUCUUUUGGCCUCGCCUGGGUUCUGGAUCAACGUCCAGAAGAACGGAGCAGGGGGAUAACCAUGGACAUCGCCACCCGACGUUUUGAGACAGAACACACAGCUUUUACCAUUCUCGACGCGCCAGGCCACGCGGAAUACAUCUAUAACAUGAUCGCCGGCGCUAGCCAGGCGGACUUUGCCAUUCUAGUCAUCGACGCCAGCGUUGAUGCCUUCGAAUCCGGGCUAAAGGGGCAAACUAAGGAACAUUCUCUGCUAAUUCGCAGCAUGGGAGUAUCGCGCAUCAUUGUGGCCAUCAACAAGUUGGACACAGUUGCCUGGUCUCAGGAGAGGUUCAGCGAGAUCAAGGACCAAAUGGCUGGUUUCCUGUCCACGGCAAACUUUCAGCACAAGAACAUGGCCUUCGUCCCCGUUUCUGGCCUGAACGGUGACAACCUGGUUCAAAGGUCCUCCGAUCUGGCAGCAUCAUGGUACACCGGCCCGACGCUAGUGGAAGAGUUGGAGAACUCAGAGCCAAGCGCGCGGGCGCUGGCGAAACCUUUGCGGAUGACUGUUUUUGAGGUGUACCGCACCAUGCAGAGUCCUGUAACAGUUUCGGGACGCAUCGAGGCGGGAUCUGUGCAGAUGGGCGAUGCACUCCUCGUUCAACCGAGCGGACAAAAGGCAUAUGUCAAGUCGAUCCUUGCCAACGAGGCUGCAGUUGACUGGGCAGUCGCUGGUCAAAAUGUCGUGCUCCACCUCAGCCAUAUCGAUCCCAUCCACGUCCGGGACGGAGACAUCAUCUGCGAUCCGGCGAAACCAGUUCCCAAGGCCGACACGUUCAAACUAAAGGCGCUAGCCUUUGACAUUCUAAUGCCCAUGCCGGUGGAAGUUCACAGGGGCCGGCUGAACCAAGCCGGGAAGAUCGAGGCCAUCCCGGCCCUCUUGGAUAAGGCGACAGGGGCGGUGGUCAAGAAAAACCCCAAGAUCAUCAAACCUGGCAUGGUGGCGAGGAUUGUGGUCAAGCUGGAGUCGCAGGUGCCGCUAGAGGCGGGACAGAGAGUGGUUUUGAGGAGCGGCGGACAGACGGUGGCUGCCGGGUUGUUGGAAUAGAGGUGGUCACGAGAAUUGAGGCUCUUCGGCAAUAUGUGUCUGUACUUAAAAGGGAGCGUGGGGUAAGGGUGCAACAUGCAUCAUGGAACUUAGCACUGUUUUCGCUUCAACUGGUCCCGCUUCUACCCGAUGUUCGUUUGCACGCAGGACUUCGUAAAUGUGGUGGCAGCAUAGGUUUCUUGCUUCGGAUACCCGCAUCGGUCAUGAAAUUGAGAUCUGUCCUUUUCUCAUG